GCUCUCAAUUUAAGUGCUGCACUAAGGCUAGAUGUCAAGCACAUGGCUCCCAGAGCCAUGGGGAAAAGAUAGUGGCACUGAAGGGUUGAUCAUCCAGAGGGCAACGGGGGAAACAGUUCCCAGCAGCAGCCUGCUCCUGAAGCUCUUGUCCAGAAAUUCCCAGUUCCUUUUUCCCUCCAUGGGGUUUUCAGUUUCUCAGGGGUGCAAUGCAUUCACAGCAAUUCCUGAUUGAUAGCAUAUUCCAGGCUGCAGAGAGAGUCCUGCAGAGCCAGCCCCUUCCCAGAGCCCAGAAACACACCCAGCCCCAGGUCUGAGCCUUGCCUGCACUUCCUGCAGCAAGAGGCCCUGGCUCUGCCAACCACUGCCACAGCUCCCUGUGCUCCAGGCAGGCUGGCUCUCCUCCCCUGGCACCACUGGCAGCCUGUUUUUCACAGAGGACUGCUGGUCCUUGGCAGGAGGGGACCACGAGGAGCCUCUAUAAUGAGCUGGGGCCGAGACUGAGCCAGAAAGCUGUAGAACACACUUCAUCAGGGACCACAGCCAGGCAGGGAGUGAGGGCUCUAGACUGAGCUCAAAUCAUCAGCUUCAGCAGUGCUCCUGGCAUGUGGGUAGAGGGAUUGGCGAGGUGAGGCUUUGUGGUCAGUCAGGUCUAUUAGUGCACUCAGGCCCUGGAAAGCAGUGUUCUCCUGGCUGGAGUGUGCAGGAGCAGCCUGAUGGCUGCUGGUACGAGCACACAGUCACUGUCAGUUGUACAGGGGCUGAAAUGGAAGUGCUUGACAUGACAGGGUUCCCCUGAAGCUGAGCCCUGACCCACUGACAGGGCGAAGCUUCCUGGGUUGGUGCUGCAGUGACCAAAAAAUAAUCCCCUGGGUUGCACUGCAUGCCUGGCAGCCAGCUGGGCCAGUUCAGCAUUUGCACAGCAGCACCAGGACACUCUGGCCAGCCCUCCUGCCCCAAGGCAGACACCAGCCCUGUGGUGGCUGUGGGAGCACAGGCAGGUGGCACACUCUGGGUGGGCAAAUUUGGGGUGGGCAGGGCUUGUUGUGCUGUGCCAAAACAUCUUUGCUCUACCUUUUCCAGAACAGUAUGCUUUCUGUCUGCACUCAGAGUCUGUUCUUGGAGCUGUUGGGGUCUUCCUCUCUACAUCAUGGAGCGUACAGCAGCAACCCUGUGUGCAUCUGUGGCUCCUACACCCUUGUGGCAAAAGGUUGCUCUUGACUCACUUGCAUAACACUCCAUGAGGUCCUGGUAGCCCCCACCAUCACCACUGCACAGCCCUGCUGGGUCACAGGCUGCCUGGCCACCCUCUCACCUCUUCUGUGCUUCUGUGCAGCUCCACCAGAGUGACCUUUGCUCUCCUUCUGUGCUUGUCACUUGUCACUGCCUCCAAGCAUGGGUGCAACCCACUGAUAGGAGAGAGGAGCUUUCUGCUCCACCUGUCCCACGGCAUUUCUGCCCACUGUGGAAGCCCAGAGCAGGGACUGUACAGCAGACACUGCUGCACACACUCUACAUCCUGGGUGCUUGCCAGGAAUGGGGAACUGUGAAUGUCUACAGGUAUCAACUAAUCAAACACCAAUCUGGACCAAAAUAUGGCCCACCAUGACCCUGGUGCCUGACAGCAGAGUUUGUCUGUACUAUGACACCAGCUACAGAAGGGUAAAGUCCAGGGCUUAUGCAGCAGGUAGGGAGAAGGACAAAUUCAGAGUCAACCUGCACAGAGGUUUCAUAGCACAGCAGAGCAGUGCAGAGCUCAGAGAGGUCCCUUGUACCUGUUGCCCCUUGGGCAGUCUGUGCAGAGCUUGCAAAAGAGCCAGAAGCCAGCUGACAGCGGGGCAGGAGGAGUAGCACUGCCAGUGCUGUCACCUCUCCGUUCCUCUGCUGAUCCCUUGCUUGCAGGGUGCAAGUCUUGCAAGCCUCGCCGUCCGAAGCUGUUCUCAGGCAGAGAGAGCCAGUGGUGGAGGACAGCAUGGCAAAGAAGGUGGCCAUCAUCGGUGGGGGCAGCAGCGGGCUGUGCGCCAUCAAAGCCUGCCUGCAAGAGGGGCUGGAGCCCGUCUGCUUCGAGAGGACCGGCGACAUCGGAGGCCUCUGGAGGUUUGAGGAGCGCCCCGAGGACGGCCGUGCCAGCAUCUACCGCUCCGUCAUCAUCAACACCUCCAAGGAGAUGACCUCCAAGGAGAUGAUGUGCUUCAGCGACUUCCCCAUCCCCGAGGACUUCCCCAACUACAUGCACAACUCCAAGAUCAUGGAGUAUUUCCGCAUGUACGCCCAGCACUUUGACCUGCUCCGCCACAUCCGCUUCAGGACCAGCGUGUGCCGCGUGUCCAAGCGUCCCGACUUCGCCAGCAGCGGCCAGUGGGAGGUGGUGACGGAGAGCCAGGGGAAGCAGGAGGCGGCCGUCUUUGACGCCGUGCUGGUGUGCAGUGGGCACCACACCGACGCACAUCUCCCGCUCGGUUCCUUCCCAGGAAUUGAGAAGUUCAAGGGCCGCUACCUCCACAGCCGAGACUACAAGGAUGCUCAGGCUUUCACAAACAAAAGGGUUGUUGUCAUCGGGAUCGGGAAUUCAGGGUCAGACCUGGCUGUGGAGAUCAGCCAAACCGCCCAGCAGGUCUUCCUCAGCACCCGCCGGGGUGCGUGGAUCCUCAACCGCGUUGGAGAUCAGGGCUACCCCAUCGACACCAUCUUAACCACCCGCAUCAAGACAUUCCUGCAGGGGCUGUUCAGCUUAUCUGUGGCAUGUGACUACAUGGAGAGCAAGCUGAAUGCCAGGUUUGACCACUCACGUUACGGCCUGAAGCCAAAGCACAGGGUCUUUCACCAGCACCCUACAGUCAACGAUGACCUGCCCAACCGCAUCAUUUCGGGCCGGGUGCGGGUGAAGCCGAACAUCCAGGAGUUCACGGAGACAUCUGCCAUCUUUGAGGAUGGCACCAGGGAAGACGUCGAUGCCGUAGUUUUUGCCACGGGAUACAGCUUCUCCUUCCCAUUCCUUGAGGGCUUCAAGGUGGUGGAGAACCAGAUUCCCCUCUACAAAUUCAUGUUUCCCCCUGACCUGGAGAAGCCGACGCUGGCUUUCAUUGGUUUCGUCCAGCCCCUGGGUGCCAUCAUGCCCAUCUCCGAGCUCCAGUGUCGCUGGGCCACCCGUGUCUUCAAAGGGCUGAACGAGCUGCCCCCGCAGCACGACAUGGAGGCUGACAUUGAGCAGAAGAAAGAACUGAUGGCAAAGCGGUACGUGAAGAGCCAGCGCCACACCAUCCAGGUGGAUUACGUCCCUUACAUGGAUGAGCUCGCCUGCCAGCUGGGAGUCAAGCCCAACCUGCUCACCCUGUUCCUCACAGACCCCAAGCUGGCCAUGGAGGUGGCCUUCGGGCCUUGCACGCCGUACCAGUACCGGCUGCGGGGCCCGGGCGCGUGGCCGGGGGCCAGGGAGGCCAUCCUCACCCAGCAGCAACGCAUCCUCAAGCCCCUGCAGACACGGCACGUGGAAGAGAGCACCUCAGCCCCUACCAUGCCCCUCAUCUUCAAGCUGGUUGGGGCUGUGGCCAUCCUGGCAGCUGUUUUUGCUUACUUGUAGAUGCCCUGCAAGGGCAGGAAGGGAGGCUUUGCAAUGUGCUGUGGGGCUGGCUGGUCACUGCUGCCCCUUGGCUGUCUGUGCACCCCCAUGGUGGCAGAAACCUUCCUCCCGCCUGGCAUGGCCCAGCUGUGACCACACCAUGAGCUAGGGAUGCACAGAACCUUCCCAGCUGCCAAAAUAAUGCUUGGGCUCCUGCUUUGCACCUCCCCUUCGGGAGUGCUGUCAUGGAUAGAGGAGGAAACCUGCUCACUGCAGGCUAAAUUCCAGCCCCCCUCAGCCAGUGCUCCAGGCUUUUCUGUCCUCUGUAACCCAGCUGUUCCAAUUUUGCCACACGCAGCAGAGCUAAGCAGCAAAGGCACAGCACACUUUCUAAGUGGAUAAAUGCAUUAAACAGCCAA